AUGGAAAAUCCAUCCACAACUGAUAAUAGCAUUAUGAGUACAGUAUCCGAUGCCAUUAAUAAAACUACUUCAAAUUUAACAUUACGUGAUCACACAAUGACAGAGACUCCAGCUUUAUUACCAAUUGAUCCACAGUUAUUAAGUCACGUCGGUGAUGGAAUAUUUCUACAGACAAAAACAUGCCAGAUAACUGCCGGAAUCGCUGUAUGGGUAGCACUAUUUAUAACAUGUCAACAGAUUUAUCAUCACUUGAGGUGGUACACAAAUCCCCAAGAACAGAGAUGGAUAGUUCGUAUUCUGUUUAUAGUGCCCAUUUAUGCAACCUAUUCAUGGAUAAGUUUAAUGUUCUUUAAUUCAGAGAGCGUUUACAUAUAUUUUUUUACCGUACGAGACUGUUAUGAAGCUUUUGUAAUUUACAACUUUUUGGCACUGUGUUAUGAAUACCUCGGCGGGGAAGGAAACAUCAUGUCAGAAAUUCGUGGAAAGCCUAUCAAGUCAUCAUGUCUAUACGGAACAUGUUGUCUAGCUGGAAAGACAUAUACCAUUGGAUUCUUGCGCUUCUGCAAGCAGGCAACACUCCAAUUUUGUCUAGUUAAACCUUUAAUGGCUUUCAUAAUAAUUUUCCUACAAUCUUCUGGACAUUAUCAUGACGGCGAUUGGAGUGCAAAUACUGGAUAUAUCUAUAUUACAAUCAUUUAUAAUGUGUCAGUUUCGUUGGCUCUUUAUGGACUCUAUCUCUUUUACUUUGCAACCCGUGAUUUAUUGACACCAUUUGAUCCUGUACUUAAGUUUUGUACAAUUAAAUCGGUCAUCUUCUUGAGCUUUUGGCAAGGUGUGUUACUUGCCAUACUAGAAAAAGGUGGUGUCAUUUCAUCGAUUGUUGAUUCAGCUGGAAACACAACCGCAUCAGGUACUGUGUCCGCAGGAUAUCAGAACUUCUUCAUUUGCAUAGAAAUGCUUUUUGCUGCCAUUGCGUUGCGUUAUGCUUUCCCAUAUCAAGUUUAUGCUCAGAGUUGUGCAACAGACAUUCAUGGCCGCUCUGUUACUAUGCAAUCAAUUUCCAGUAGCUUGAAGGAAACGAUGAAUCCAAAGGAUAUUAUGACAGAUGCUAUUCACAACUUCCAUCCUCAAUACAGCUCGUACACUCAGUAUAGCUCUGAAGUUGUAACGCAACAACCAUACGAAAGACUUUAAAUCCUUAAAAAUGAAAUCUUUCACAAUUUACGAUGCAAAAAAAAGAAAAAAAUUUAAAUAAACUGUGAAAAUUGAAUAAUUAAAUUUAAAAUAGAUAAGGAAACUUCCUUCGUGGAACGUUAUGAUAAGCAAUUGUACUUAAAUCAAAUAGAGUCCAGACAGUAAGAAUGCGAUGAAUUUGCACAAAAAGAGAGGAUUUUUUCAUAUUUUGUAUUGAAUUUGUAAUUUUAAUUCACUUUUAAUUUCUUCAACCAGUAUGCGUUUAUAAUAAAUAGCUAAUAAGAACAUCCUAUAAAGUAUAAAAAUUCAUUUCCAAAUCAUAUACACUAAGAAGCAACACUGAAUUAGUUAUGAAGCAAUUAAUUUAAAAUGAUAAUUAAAUAAAAUAUUUUUCCACUGAAUGCUCAAUCGCAUAUGAUUAUCUUUGUACAUACAUAAAUGACUCUAUUUAAUCUACGCGUGGGUAGAUGCUGCAUCACAACGAAUGCCUUAUCUCAAUUUAAUUUGACAAAUAACAUUUCACGGAUGUCUUGUUUUUUUAAUAAACACUAUCCAGAACAUAGCAAAAAGUGUGAAAAAUGACGUCCAUCAUGUGUGAAAAGCAUGAAACUGACCUAGAUUAUAUUGACACCAUAAGCUACAUGCUAUGGCUUUUGACGACUUUAUUGUCCAUAGAUAGAUAUUAAUGAUAAAAAAAUUGUUAUAAAAAUGAUAUAACACGUUAAGCAAUAAGUUUACACAAUUAUGUAUAGCUGUCAUAAUUUCUAUUUAUUAUUUUUUAAAUAAAUGUCAAUUGCUGUCUUUAUUUCUUCCUAAA